AUUACGCAGACCCAGGUGCUGCUUUUUUUGGGGAUCAGAUUCCCAAAUCGAAAGAACUGUAAUUAGGGUUUUGUUUGUUUUCUCUCCUCAUCGAAUUCUAGUUUUCUUUCUCCAAUUGGGGUUAGGAUUUUGAUGUAAUCGCACAUCUUUUUUAUUAUAUCCAUCAAUCCCUGGAGUCUGUCUCUCAAUUCUGUUUGGAUUGAGGUAGGGCUUUAAUCAAGUUGGUGUCUUGAUUCCCCCCUUUUGGUAGAGGGAAUAAUCAGCAAGUUUUUCUAUUAGAUUGUGGAAUUUGGAGCAUUGGGUUCGGGGAGAAAUUGAAAUAAUGCCGCCUAGAGUAGUAAAAAGAGGAGCCGCAGCUGCAGGGCAGAGGAGGACGGUGAGGGCCACGAGAGGGGCAUCAAAGGUGCAGAAUUCCCAACCUGCUGAGGAGGCGGUGAAGGAUGUUUCGGUUCCGCCCGUGGAAGUGAGACAAGAGGUGAAGGUCGUGAUCCAAGAUGUUAAGGUUGAAGACAAGCCAAUUGUGGAGGAGAAGUUGGUGAUUGAGGAGAAGGCGGUUGUCAAGGAGGAGGGGGAGGUCGAAGCGAAAUUCGACCUGAACGAAACCAUUUAUACAAAGAAAGAGGAUGCGAUGAAGGGGUCUGUUGAUGAAUAUGAGAAAGAUGAGCGGUUGGAAUUGGAUGAUAAUGAUCCUGAAUAUGAGCACGAAGAAUAUGCGGGAGUGGAUUAUGAUGAGAAAGAGAUGGAUGUAGAGGAGGUGGGAGAUGAGGUUGAGGAAGAGCCUGAUGAGGAGCCUGAUGUUGAGGAGAAAGAGGAUGAUCUGUCAGAAGAAGAAGAAGAAGAAGAAGAAGAAGAUGUCCCUGAUGGAGAGGGUGCUGACGAUGAUGAGCAUGCUGCUGAGGAAGUUGAGCGUGCAGACUUAGCUGAUGUGGCUGAGCAUGAAGAGCGCCAUGAAGUUGUUCAAGAGAGACGUAAGCGUAAAGAGUUUGAGGUGUUUGUUGGGGGUUUAGACAAGGAUGCUACUGAAGAGGAUAUAAGGAAGGUCUUCAGUCUGGUGGGUGAAGUUGUUGAUGUUAGGCUAAUGAUGAACCCUCAAACAAAGAAAAAUAAGGGGUUUGCAUUCUUGCGAUUUGCAACCAUUGAACAAGCAAAACGAGCAGUUAUAGAGCUCAAGAAUCCUGUGAUCAAUGGGAAACAGUGUGGUGUUACUCCAAGCCAAGACAGUGACACCCUCUUUCUGGGUAACAUAUGCAAGACAUGGACUAAGGAAGCUUUGAAAGAGAAGUUGAAACAUUAUGGUGUUGAGAAUGUUGAGGACAUAACAUUGGUGGAAGACACCAACAAUGAAGGAAAGAAUCGGGGUUUUGCAUUCUUGGAAUUUUUUUCUCGCUCAGAUGCCAUGGAUGCUUUCAAGCGUCUCCAAAGGAGAGAUGUUCUGUUUGGGGUUGACAGGCCUGCAAAGGUUUCAUUUGCAGAUUCCUUUAUUGAUCUGGGUGAUGAGAUUUUGGCACAGGUUAGAACUGUUUUUAUUGAUUCUCUACCACCAUCAUGGGAUGAGGAUCGUGUUCAAGAACUUCUUAAGAAAUAUGGAGAGAUUGAAAAGAUUGAACUUGCCCGGAAUAUGCCAUCUGCUGACAGGAAGGAUUAUGGUUUUGUCACAUUUGAUACCCAUGAUGCUGCGGUGAAUUGUGCAAAGAGCAUUAACAACACAGAGUUAGGUGAAGGAGACAAGAAGGCUAAAGUAAGAGCCAGAUUAUCAAGACCACAUCAGAGAGGCAGGGGUAAGCACAUAGGUCGAGACAAUCUUAGGUCUGGCCGUGGGUCUGGCCGACUUGUCAGGGGGUCUUGGGGCCAUUCAGCUUCCCGUGCCUACCCUUCUCGAGGGGUAAGAGGAAUUGGUAGUCAUCUCCCACCUCCCAUCCCAAAGAGGCCUGUUGGAUUGAGAGACAGUGGAACAAGAGGCAGACGCCCUAUUAUGUCUGUGCCUACAAGAGGCCGGCCUUUGGCUCCUCCACCCAGGUCCUAUGACAGAAGAGCACCUGUUCCGUCAUAUUCAAAGAGUAGCUUGAAUAGGGACUAUGGUCAACGUGAUGAGCUUCCCCCUCCAAGGAGCAGAGCUGCUAUGGAUUAUGGUCCCCGGGUCAUCCCAGAGAGGCAUCCAUCAUAUAGAGAUGAGUAUUCAUCACGAAGCUCUGCCUAUUCUGAUUUGCCUAGAACUACUUCUCGUACUGCAGCAAGGAGACCAUAUGUAGAUGAUGGCUAUGGUCAGAGGUUUGAAAGGCCACCUCCAACUUACCGUGAAGGCCGUGACCGUGAUUAUGACUCAAUUUCUGGAUCAAAGAGGCCUUAUUCUGCCAUGGAUGAUAUUCCUUCACGUUAUCCUGAUAUGAGUGUCCGCCAGUCAAGAGCUCGGUUGGACUAUGAACUCGCUGGUCCUCCACCUCAAUAUGGAGAUGCUUACGGUGAUAGACUUGCAAGACCUGCUCUAGGAUAUGGUGGCAGCAGAAGUUCUAUGUCCAGUCAGGACUCACAUGGAUUUUAUGGUGGUCGUCAGGGCAUGAGUUAUGGUGGAAGUUCUUUUGCUGGAGGUGAUGUUGGAAGGAUGUACCCUUCCUCUGGCUAUGGUGGCGAUUACGUACCUAGGGGAUCUGAUGUUGGUGGUAGUUCUUACUCAUCCUUGUAUUCAAGUCGAAGUAUGGGCGGAAACAGUUACAUGGGUGGCAGUUCUGGGUCGUACUAUUGAUGAUGUAAGUGAAACUUUAUAUGCCUUUUCCAGUUUCUCUAAGCAAUUGUGCAAGUAGAUUAAUUUUUAGUCAGUGUAUUUUAAUUGGAGAUUACGGGCUUCUUGAAGAAGUUGGCAACUUGUUCUUCUGAGAAGUGUAUUGACAAGGACAUACCCCUAUCAUCACAAGUGAAUUUGUCUAUGGAACAGAUUUGACAGACAAAGAGGCUGGUUUAGGAUGUCAACUGUAUGGAGCUUUUGCAUUGUAUUGGAUAGAAGUGUGUUUCAAGGUGCCAUAGCCUCUAUUCAUGUUGAGAAAAAAAUUUAAGAUUAGAGUUUUUUGAAAAGAGAGCUCUGGAGGUUCAUACUUCAAGGAAACUAUUAAGUUAAGGAUGAAGCCAAAGUGCUUAGCACCUGCACUUUAUGACAAUCGUCAUUUUUUUAUCUUUAUGUACAAACCGGAUGAUGGAUAAUUUGGAAGCAUUUUGCAUCCUAUAUUCACUGGACAAGCUCUAGAUGAGAGAUUAAGGUUCUAAUUUAUGUUGUAAGGAAUACUGGGUCCUCUUCUAUGUUGAAUUCAUAAGGUAAGGUUUGAUUGAGAAACCAAGGGCAUUCACAUGACUUGUAUAAGUAUGAUAAGCUUGGGAGUUGUACAAGUACCCAAGGGAAAGGCUACAAGAAACAAAGAAGCAAUUUCUGCCAUGGUAUAUUGCGUUAAUUGAUUAAGGAGCUGUGUUAAAGCCCACAGGUAAUCAAUUGGCAUUCUUGAC